AGCGAAAAAAAGAAACAUAGCCAUCUACAUAAACAUAAUCUAUACAUCAGAAAUUCAGAACGCCAGUUAAGGGAGAUCAAAUUUGUAGGCAAUCAACGGAAAAAUUGACAAGAUGUCUCAGCAACUUUUCGAGCUUCUUUCCACUCUCCUCAACGAGGUUGAAACAUUAUCAAACCAAGAAGAAGUUGAUUUACGUGCUAAAAUUGAAGCUCUGAAAUCAGAAGUAACAAAAGUACCUUCUCAAUCUCUACAACAUACAGUCGACACUGAGCUGGAAUUGGCUAGUAGAAUGGAUAAAUUGACAUCUAAACUGGAUGAAGUGGAUGAGAUGAUAUCGUCAGCUAUAACAACAGAUCCUCGAGUAAAAUCUAUCUUGAGUAGUACUGCUGAUGUUUGGAUGCCUGUUAUAACUGCUUCUUCUGAUGAACGCCGUAAAUUUUCAUCAUUGGUUAAUGAUGGUGAACCUGAAGCAGAAGAGAACAAAUCCAGAAAAGUAGCCUAGGGGUAAAUGAUGAUUUCUGUAACAUUAUUCUUCAAUGAAAUAAGCUUGACAUGUUGGGCAGUUUCUUCAUUCCUUUGUAAAUUCAAUGAGAAAGGAGUUAUUACACAGGGUCUCAUUUGAGCUUCAUAUCCUUUCAAUACAACAUACAUGACCAUAAUUUGUAUCCAAUUAUAGAAGUAAUUUGUAUGCCUUAAAAGAGGUAAAGGCAAAAUCUACAUGACCAUUUUGUGUCAAUUAUUCCAGACUUUAAGGCUGGUUGUAUGCCUAUAUUUAUGAUUCAUUAGAGGUUCAAAACUCAA